UAUCAUUUCCCUCCACUGCCUCCGUCUAUCAACUCUAUUUCUCUCGCAUUCCUUUUCCUCCUUCAAUUCUCAGGUUGCGAUGUCAAUGGCGAAAUCGAAAGAGGAGGAAGAUGAAGCGGCGAAGACGGACGGUCUGGAGAUAAUCUCUAUCGGGCGCUUGUACAAUGGACCGUGGGAUAAGAAGUACUGGAGCUGCUCUAGGGGAAAAGACCGGUACCCUUAUCCUAUUGGAUAUCAAGCUGUUCGAGCUCAUGGUGGGAGCAGAUGUAAGAUAGAAGUUCGUGAAGGUUCUAAAGGGCCUUUGUUUACGGUUACUGCUGCGGAUGGACAUUCAUGCUCUGGGCAAACUCCAAAUAUUGCCUGGGAUAGGUUUCAAAAGAAAGGUUUCCCUCGUAUGAAGAUAUGGCAUGGAAAGAGAUUUUCUUGCAAGAUAGAUGGCACUGAGUUCUUUGGCUUUAAGGAUCCAUUGGUCCAACGAUUGCUUAGGGAGCUAGUGGCCAAUGUAGACGGAAUUGCAGAACCGAAUCUGCUAUCUUCUAGCUUCUGCGGUGGCCCUUCCCUAACAGAGCAAGUCCUUAGAUGCCCUAGUUCAUGCUCAUAUCCUGAUUUGCUGGCAUGUUUGGUUGAGCCACGAAUUACGAGAAAGAGAAGUAGGAGACCGGAAAACAAAGGUACAAGGUCCAGUUCUGAAGUUCCCUUUGAAAGACUACAAACUUCAGUUCUGGAAAAUUUUAAGAACUCGAAUCCAGGAGGAACAGGACAUGGAAGUCAGUGGAAGCGUUACAGUGUUAGCUCAUGCAUUUACUCAGCUUCGGGUGGAGAUAAAAUCAUCUGUGGAUCUCCUGGAAUAUUGCUGAAGCAAAUGAACUCAAACAUUUUGACCAAGUAUGAUGGGGUCGAAGCUGCCGGCGCAAAGAACCUUGAAAGCCCUGAAGAUCAUAAAUCUACUGGCCUAACCCAAUGUGUAUCCACAGCAGAAGAAUCCCUUGAUAGGUUUAAAGAUGGUGCAGCCCCUGGGUCGAGCUCUUCUGUGGAAAUGGAACGCAACAUUGAAGAACCUGUAUUUGUGAAUGACUCCGGUGUCAAUGUCAGUGAUAUGUCUCUUUGUGCACUUGAUACUUAUGAUAGUUUGCAAGACAAUGGAGAUAAAUCGCAUGAUCAUGCGUUGACUAGUCUCAGCAAAACAUCUUUCAAUUCGCAAGGCGUGGUAGCUGCGAACCACAAGUCUGAUUUUGAAGGUUUGGUUGCUGAAUCACAUCCUGGAGGGGAGAUGGACAAGGACCCUUUGACUUGUAGCUCUGAGAAAAGUGACCUUGAUUCUGUUGGUCAAGAUGUAGCCAAGUCUAUGAUGACAGUUCUGCUUCCACAAGCACUACCUCUGCUCAAGGAGGCCUCAAGAAAGAAGAGUGAAGCAAAGCAAGGUGUUAGUGAUCGAGGACAUCUUUCAGGUGUUGUGGAAUUUGAGGAGAAAAAUGCUGGUCCGUUUGUUAAUACAUCAUCUAGUGGUGAUCUGGCAAACUAUGGAAAUGCACGAGUAGAAAAGGAAGAAAACAUGCUAGUCCUAGCUGCAGAUUCUGCUUCUAUCAUCAGAAGUUCUAAGAAUGGCAAUGCAAUAGCUCCUGACAGCUUUGAGGAUAAACUGAAUGAUGUCAGUAUGAGUGGCACAAACAGUGUUUUUCAUCUUGAUGAAAUGCAUGUGCCCCCCAGAGAAAAAAUUCAAGGAGAUCGUGCUGAUCUCAGGAAUGUUUUUCAACACGGAUCUCUGGACCUUCCUACUGAAUGGGCUAAUAUGAGCACAGACUCGUUUUCAUUUGAAGAGGGCCUCAUAGCUGCAUCUGAUUGUAUUUCAGAUGCAUAUGAUUGGGGUAGGACUAACCAUGAAGCUGAUGCCAAAGCAGGUCUUGGUAACGACCGUGCCAUGGUUGAGUGUAACACACUUUUGACUGGUAACUCUCAAUGCCCGCGGUCAGAAGGCACUGUUGACAGGAUUUUCAGAAAUGGUUGCAGUGCUGAAAGAUGUACUGCUGCUGGAGACUUCCUUUGCCAAGAGUUAAAUGAUGAACCAGGCCAUACUGAUAUUGCAAAAAUCCUCACAGUGGGACAGUCCAAUCAUGUGCCCACAGAGAUGCCUACCACAAGCGUCAAGCAUAAUACAAAUGAGGACCCCAAUGGUUCACAAGUACAAGCACCUGUCUAUGCAUUAGUCAAGAAGAAUAUUUUGAGCUUCCCUUCAGCUCAACCAAUUGACGAGAAACCAAGAAACUCUUUACCAUAUCUGGUGUCAGCCACUGAUAUGCUUGAUUGCAUGACAGAUACUGCUAACAAAGAUCAGGCUGUUCCACAGUUAAAAUCGUCUGGGAAUGUGCAGCUCAACAAUGAGCAGAAAAGCAUAUAUCAGCUCAUUGGUUGCUAUGUUCAUCCUCUUCCAAUUGUGGCGGUGUGGUUGAGUACACACGAAAAUGAGACAUAUAUAUGCAUACUCUGUGGCCUUGAAGAGGAUAAGGUGAAAACCUUGUUUCUAUACAACAUACCCACUGAACAUGCAGGGGAAGGAUGCCCCUCAUUUCUUGGUCAUACACCAGUUACUUUGCCAAUCCCACAAAAUAUAUAUGGUGGUCGGAUUGCGCCGGAAAGAUCUUACUUACAGUUCACACCGCAUGGAAAAGGCCUCGUCUUUCUUGGCUGUAUGGAAGCACCAUGUUGCAGGGAAAGAAGAAUUUCAUGUUCGUGCUCAACAUGUGCAUUGGUCUCAUUUGAUGAGACUGCCGUUAGGAUUGUUCAAGCAAACAUGGGUUACGUGACUCUUGUGGCAACUCUGAAAGCUAUUGACAGGGUACACUCAAUAGUGGUCUGCGAACCUAAUUAUCUGGUUGCUAUUGGAGAGAGUGGGAGACUGCAUCUGUGGGCCAUGAAUCCAGCCUGGAGUGCUGAGACAGAAGAAUUUGAUAUACCAACCAGUGAUUGCGUUUCUCCUUGCAUUGUGGAGUUGAAGAAAAUCCCAAGACAUGCAUACUUGGUUGUUGGACAUAAUGGCCUUGGGGAAUUUAGUCUGUGGGAUGUAUCAAAGCGCAUUUUCUUGUCUAAGUUCUCUCAUCCCAAUCCUUCAGUUUCUACCUUCCUUCCAAUCAGCUUACUUAGAUGGAGAAGGCAAGAUUUUAUUUCGGGAAGAAAUCUAGAGGAGCAUGUCGAUGUAAUUAUGGAAGCAACAAUGAAGGGCUUCUCAGGGCAUGAUGCAAAUCACACCUUUCUUCAUUUAGAAGAGGAGGAUAUUGCUUUAUGGCUUCUAGUUGCUGCUGUUUCUGACGUUGAAUGCGACUAUCAAUUAAAUGCUCGCCGAAAAGAUUCAGUUGUAGAAUGGAGACUAGCUCUAUUGGCGGAGAAAAUGGUUAUCUUGGGAAAUACAUUGGAUCAAAGGGUCGCUUCAGUGGGCGUAUUAACUGGACAAGGGAUCAUUGCUACAAAUGAAGGACAUGUUUACAUGUGGGAGUUAUCUACUGGAAAAAGAUUGGGGACUCUUCAUCAUUUCCCAGGUGGCAGUGUCUCUUGUAUUGCUACCAAUGAUUCUACUCCAGCUGUCUUUGCAGCUGCUGGUGAUGGAGGGAAGUUACUGGUUUAUAGGCAUUCUCAGUUUAAGGCAAUGGACAGGAAAUGAUGCAACCAUAGUUUGGGUCUUCCCAAGCUUCGAUAUUCUUUUUGCAAGUGAUUUCAGAUCUUCCAUGUCCUCGACGGGUAGACUGAUUAUGGGG